AUGAUGAGCAGGACUGAAUAUUUGUGGUGUUUGCUCAUGAUUGCGGUAGUUUAUUUCAAAAUUGUGGAAUCUGCAAUAGCUCAAGUUAGUGAUCUGAGUCCCUCCAACAGAGGUAUUGAUGCAAAAGGUAUCCUAUCGUCACUUGCCGCUAACUUUUUAUCUCGAGGAUACUACCCCACAGCUGCAGCAGGCUCCCAAGUAGUUUCAUUGAAUCUAACCAAUCUCUUAGUUCUUGUGCUCUUGAAGGCUCUCAUAUUUGCUGCAGGAUCAAUCGGUUUGGGUCAUUUGAAAGAAAAGGAAUACGGGUAUUAUGGAAGGAGUAUGAAUCAAAAAGAGCAAGAUCAUAAUCACAAUUUGGUCAUUACAGAAGAUGAAAUCAUGUUGUAUCUGGAGUACUUGACAGGAAACCACGAAUGUCUGAAGCAUAUAUCAUGUCAACAACCAGAUCAAGCCAGGGACUAUGCAAAUGCUGGAAAGCUGUUGCUGAAGGCAAGUCAACUAUUUUCUAUCGAUACUGAUGGUAAAUAUGAAGAUUUACUGAGAGAAGUAGAGGAUGCAAUUGAAAUUGGUGAAAAUAAAGGAAAUUGUAGUGCGUUUGUCUGUAAUUCCAAUGAUUAA